AUGACAGAUCAUUAUAGGAAGGUUAUGCCUUAUUUGGAGGCUCUUAAAACAUCCAGUCCUGGUACAAGUGUGGAGUUGGUUACAACAGUGGGUAAAGGGGGGGCACCUGUUUUUCAGAGGUUUUUUACAUGCUUUGAGGGGCUGCAAAAAGGGUUUAUGGAGGGAUGUAGAAAGGUAAUAUGUGUUGAUGCAUGUUUUCUUAAGACUUUUUUGGGUGGACAAUUGUUAUCUGCUGUGGGGAGAGAUGGGAAUGAGCAGAUGUAUCCCAUAGCAUGGGCAGUUGUAGAGAGUGAGAAUAACGAGUCAUGGCAGUGGUUUUUUGAUCACAUUCAAGCUUGCCUACAACUUGGAGAUGGUGAAGGAGUUGCCAUCAUUUCUGAUGAACAUCAAGCUAUAGUCAAUGCUGUGGCUACUGUUCUACCCAAGGCAGAACACAGACAUUCUUAUAAUCAAGCUGAUUAUAAUGAGGCUCUUGAAGAAUUGGGGGUAAUCAGUGAAGAUGUUGCAAAUGCUUUUAAAGCAUACAACCCCCAGUUAUUCUGCAGGGCAUUCUUGGAUUGUUCUAUGAGGACUAAUGCCAUCACCAACAACAUGGCAGAGACCUUCAAUGCAUAUAUUAUCAAUGCAAGGACAAAGCACCUGCUGUACAUGAUGGAAGACAUCAGAGCUGCUCUGAUGCAGAGACUUGUGCUCAAAAGGCAGGAAAUGGAGAAGGUUACAUCUGCUUUGUGUCCAAGAAUUCAAGCCAUGUUGGAGAAAGAGAAAGAAAAUGCUGCAAAGUAUGAUGUGCUUCCCUCCACAGACAAUUUAUUCAAUGUCAACUACUAUUUGGACCAGUUGGUUGUGGAUCUAAAUGCAAGGACAUGCACCUGUAGGAAGUGGGAGAUGAAGGGUGUGCCUUGCUGUCAUGCCAUUACAUUUAUUUAUUUUCAGAAUAAGGAAGCUGAAGAUUUUGUUGAUCAUGUUUACAGGAAGGAUGUUUACUUAGCAGCAUAUGCAGGUUCCAUUCCACCAUUAGAAGGGGACAGACAUUGGCCAAGGGUGCCAUGUGAACUACAACCCCCUCCUAUCAAAAUAGGUCCAGGUAGACCUAGAAAGAAUAGGAGGAGGGACCCUGAGCAAGACCCUAAGAAGCCUGGAACCUUGAAGAGAACUGGAUCUGAAAUGACUUGCAGCCUAUGCAAGGUCAAGGGCCACAAUAAAAGGAGGUGUCCAAACAGGGACACCAUAUACUGUGCCUGA